AGUGGGACCUUCCGUCGAGACAGUGGCUGGCGGUGACCUCGAUCCUGCUGAUAGCCGGUGCGGCCGGCGUUGCCGUGCCGCUGGCGCUGAAGGUUUCCACCGGGGCGCCGCUCGAGGAGCGGCUGCAGGUGGCCACGCAGCUGCUCGACACAGUGCCUUUAAUCGAUGGCCACAACGAUCUGCCGUGGAACAUACGGAAGUUCCUCCACAAUCAGCUGAACGAGUUUCGGUUUGACGAUGAUCUCAAGUCGAUUCUGCCCUGGUCGAAGAGUGCCUGGAGUCACACGGACCUGCAGCGCCUCAAACGGGGCCGCAUAGCGGCACAGUUUUGGGCGGCCUACGUUCCGUGCGAGGCGCAGCAUAAGGAUGCGGUUCAGAUCACGCUCGAGCAGAUAGACGUAAUUAAAAGACUGACAGAACGCUACUCGCCGCAUCUGACGUCGUGUGCCUCGGUGUUUGAUAUUGUACAAGCACACAAAAACCGUCAAAUGUGUUCAUUAAUCGGUGUCGAGGGUGGCCACUCGCUCGGCGGCUCGCUCGGUGUCCUGCGGAUCUACUACGCGCUGGGCGUACGCUACAUGACGCUCACGUCCACCUGUCACACGCCCUGGGCCGACUCGAGCAACGCGGAUGCCCCGAAAUAUGAUGUCCGGCACGGGGGCCUAACUGCCUACGGCAAGACUAUCGUUCGCGAAAUGAACCGGCUCGGUAUGAUAGUGGACCUGUCCAAGUCGUCCGUCAGCACGAUGAAGGAUGUUCUGGCUACCUCCCAGGCGCCGGUCAUCUUUUCCCAUUCGUCGGCCUACGCAUUGUGCAACUCUAGCCGCAACGUGCAGGAUGAAGUGCUCGGGCUGGUGACGAAAAAUCGCGGCCUGGUAAUGGUGAACUUUUACAACAAGUUUCUGCGGUGCAGCGAAAACGCAUCCGUGCAGGACGCCUUGGGCUGA